AUGUUCAAUUCAUUUCAGAACACCGGGUACAACCCCAAUUAUGGUAUACCCAAUCAACAACAACAGCAACUGCUUUACACACAACCAACAGGUUUUGCACAACCCAACUUAUAUGCAUCAAGUCAACCCACUGGCUAUGUUCAAACCCAACCAACGGGAUUUCAGGGUGCCCCCACCGUUGUCGAAAAUCACGAUUUGAAAAUCCCACCUUUCCGUUUAUCUUUUAUUACUGUUGAUGAUCAAAAAAAGUUUGAGCAUCUUUUCAGAACCGCGGUGCCUCGCGGAGAACAAGCAAUCAGUGGUGAUUCGGCAAGCAAUAUUUUGAUGAGAUCGGGUUUGAGUCCAGUCACGUUGGCGGAAAUUUGGACUUUAUCUGAUAUCGAUAAAACAGGAUCGUUGCUUUUCCCCGAGUUUGCAUUGAGUUUGCACUUAUGUAACAUGGCCAAACGGGGAGAACCACUUCCAGGAAUUCUUCCUGAAAAAUGGCUCAACGAAGUGAAGAGUUUUAUGGAUGCGAUCAACUUUAGCAUCCCCGAUGACCCUAACAAGAUACUUGCCAACACGCCAUUUGCAAAGAAAGAUGACUGGAUGUACAAUCAGCCAUCAAUGAAUACGCAGGCAACUGGAUUUAAUCAACCGCCGACAACGUUUGCUCCACAAGCAACUGGAUUUGGUCAGCCUCCAAAUGCUUUUGCACCACAAGUCACUGGCUUCAAUCAACAACCACAAGCUUCAUCAUUUAAUCAACAACCACAAAAUAAUUGGGUUGCUCCUCAACUUACUGGAUAUAACCAGCAAUCGCAACCAGCAACAAGUUUUGGAGGUGGUGUUCCAGGUGAAUUUGUUCCUUUGAAGCCGCAACAGACUGCUGGAUUGAUUCAGAAAACUGGACCUCUUCAAGCACAAGGAACUGGGUUUAAUCAACUUGCACAACAACGUACAGGUGGUCUCGUUCCGCAAACAACUGGAAUGCAAGCACAGCGUACAGGUGGCUUUGCUCCUCAAACUACUGGGCUCCCACAACAACAAAAUCAAACUGGUGGCAUGACUCUGUUUAACCAACAACCUACUGGAGGAUUCAACACUAUUGGGUUGCAACCUCAAAGAACGGGUCCAUUACAAGCAAAUAGAACCGGGCCAGUCCUUAUGCAAUCUCAACCAACUGGUCCCUUGCAGCAACAACCCACUGGUGCAUUGCAACAGCAGCCAACGGGAUUUUUGCAACAACAACCCACUGGCUAUUUGCAAGCGCAACCAACAGGAAGACCUGGUGAAUGGGGAUUUGUCAAUAUGCCAACUGGAGGCUAUUCUGGGUUAAAUACAAUGCAUAAAGUUUUCCAACCAAACACUACUCAAAGUGUUCAGGAUCUAAACAAAGCUAUGAAUAAUAACGCAGCUAGCAACGUGACUUGGGCCAUUACCAAACAAGAAAAGCAAGUGUACGACAACUUGUUUCAAGCAUGGGAUACAGGUAAAAAGGGAUACGUUGACUCCAAUGUUGCAUUGAAUGUGUUUACCAAGUCUGGUUUGAGUAGACAAGAUUUAGAAGCAAUUUGGACUUUAGCUGAUACUGAUGAUGCAGGUAAAUUGAACAAGAAUCAGUUUGCAGUGGCGAUGCAUUUGAUUUAUAGAAGAUUGAAUGGAUUAGAAAUUCCUCUUAGGUUGCCACCUGAGUUGAUCCCCCCUGCAGAUCGAACGUUUAGAGAUACCAUGGACAAUUUGAAAAAUUCACUAAAGAAUAAUGGAGGUAUCAAAUCAGCAAAGAACUACAAACCCCAAACCAAAGUGGAUGGUUCGAGGUUCAAAAACAAUGAUGACAAUGUUGGUUACAUUUCACGUGCUCGCCACAAGAGUAGAGAUCUGGCAUCACCAACUGUCUCUGACAAGAAGGAUACUGAUCUUACUAUAGAUCAAUUGAAAAAAUCCAUUAAAGAAAAGAAAAUCUUGUUGGACGCUUUGGAUGUGGAGGAUGAAGAAAAACAACACAAUGAUACUAGCGCGAUUGAUAAACUCAAGAGCCAAAUUUUUGACUUGCAAACCAAGAUCACAGUUCAAGCUCCCAAUAAUGGCAAGAACCUUUUGCUUCAAAAAUUGAACUAUUUAACUAGAGACCAAAUUCCAAAAUUGAUCUCAGACAUUAAUCGGGUCAAUCAAGAGAUAUCAGAAAAGAGUAUCGAAUUGGCAAAACUCAAGCUAAAGCAAGAGGACCCUUCGUGGGAUGAUGCCAAAGUCGACCUCAAUAAUAUUGCCAACGACAAAAGCAAGAUGGAUUUGAAACAAAAGAUGGCUUUACUUACAGGCAAAGGUGGCAGUGCGGGUACCGAUUACAAGUUCAAGGAUUCUGUUCAGAAGUCGAAAGCUGAGUUGAAAGGUCAAUCAGAUAUGGUGAAGGACAUUGAAGCCGGAAUUAAGACUAUGGAAGAUGAAUGUGCUUCAAAACUUAAAACCUCGGCCAAAGUUGAAGUUGGAUAUGAGAAAUGGGAAAAGGGUUUUGGAAUAAACCCGACUGUUGCUUCCUUUGUAAGGGAGUUACAAAGGUAUCAGGAUAAUGCUAAUGCAAAGGCUACUGUGACUUCAGCUGCAUCUGCUACUUCUGUUCCUCAGGCAAAUAAAAUUGACAGCCAAUCUGUGAAGCAGCACUCCAGUCCUGUACAAAAGGAAUCAGUGAAGUCUCUGCCUGCUGAACCAACCGCUAGCUACUCAACUCCCGAAGAAAGAGCAGCUUAUAUCAAAGCCCAAGCUGAGAAAAGAAUGGCUGCUAGACUUGAAAAACUUGGAAUCAGCCGUAGUAAGAACCAUGGAAAGAAAUCUUCAGAGAAAUCAACACCUUCCGCUGCUCAGUCCAAGUCAACGCCAGAACCUAAGGACAUUUCACGUAACAAGGAAGAAGAUAAGGGGCAUGUAUCACCACUUGUAAAGCAAAAGACUGGUGUUCCAGAAGGAUCACGAGUUGACCCAACUCCACAACCUUCUGAGCCAGUGCCACCUGAAACCCGAAGAGAGAGUUCACCUCAGCAACAGGAACCAUCGCAAUUAACACGCCCAACACAACCAGAGGUUGCCAAGGCUUCAGUUGCUUCUCCACCAGAUCAAGCUGAGGCUUUUAAAGCUCCCGUUGUUUUACAACAGACAUCUCAUGAGGAGGAAAAGAUAACCCAUAAUGCGCAUAUUCCAAGUCAACCUCAAAUUCCUACAAAUGAGAGGUUGAAUGAAUCAGCAUUUAAGUCGACAGUGGAAGAUGGGGGCAAAAAAAGUAAUGUCUCCUCCACACAGUCGACAUUUGACGCUGCUGCCCCAGAACCAGUGCAACAAGAGUCCGAAGUUAAGUCUGCGCCCAAUGGAAGUAACGCUAGUUUCAACGAAACAACUGCAUCUAAAGAAAAGUUCCAAGAACAGGAAAAGGGAGAACCGACUGGUACCACGGCAGAAGCUUUCCCAACAGAACAAUCAAAACCUGCUAGACAUGAGAAUAACCCUUUCUUCAAGAAGCAAUUCCAACAAAUUAACACAGAGAAGGCAAAUAUGCAACGUAAAAUCCAAAGAGGAAUCCUGAACGACAAUAGCUGGAGUGAUUCCGAAGAUGAAGAUUCUGAUGAUGACGCGCCAAAUAGAGCAGACGCUCUCAAAUUGGCCAAUUCAUUGUUCGGUGGUAUGGCGACACAACCACCUCCUUCAUCAGAGCCUGUAUUAGCCCCAACUCAAGAAAGUAAGGGAGAGGAUGUGCCACAGCAACAAAGUGAAGCGGAGCCGGUCACCACAAUAUCUGUAUCGAAUAAGGAAACCUUGGAGGAUUCGUCAACCGGGUCAAGUGGUCCUGGAUGGAACACUGCGGAGUCAUCACCAGAUAUUCAAGCUGAACUUGAUGGUAGAGAGAAUGAGUCCAUUUCUCCACUCCCAUCAUCAGAUUCUAUUCCACCUCCACCACCUGCUCCAGCACCACCUGUUCCAUCUUCUGAAUCCAUUCCACCCCGACCACCUGCUCCACCUGCCCCACCUGCUCCACCUGCUCCACCUGCUCCACCUGCUCCAGCACCACCUGUUCCAUCUUCUGAAUCCAUUCCACCCCCACCACCUGCUCCACCUGCUCCACCUGCUCCACCUGCUCCACCUGCUCCACCUGCUCCAUCUGCUCCAUUGGCAUCUACUUUUGGUGCACCUGCAGCACCCGCGCCUCCUCUACCAUCUAUGACGGCUCCAAAUGCACUUGUGGGCGGUGGUGCUCCUACGUCUACACCUGAUGUUGGUGCCUUAUUGAGUCAAAUCACCGGUGGAAAAUCGUUGAAAAAGGUUGAGACAAGAGAAUCAAGUGGAGCUACUGUUGGAAAAGUUUUAUAG